GCAGGUCGCCCAGUGUGAGCGCGAGGUGGGGGGAAAUGGCGAACGGGCGCGGGCGGCGGUGCGCCUCGUGAGGAUACACUAGACACCCGGAGCCGAGGCAGGCGGCAGCUCGAGGACAGACAGGAGAAGGAAAGGGAACCAUGGAGGACUCCGAGCCCGCAGAGGACGGCUUGCUCGCGGGCUUACGGUGGAACAGGAGCGCACGAGACCAGGCUCAGCUCAAACACAAAAUCCGGGAUCUGCCGGGGCUACUCAAGCACGGGCUGCACCUGCGGAAGAAGAGCCAAUCACCUGACACUAUCCCGGGACCGAGCACUGGACCCACAGUACAUAAGUCUUGUUCCCAGAGUUUUCCGUGUGCUGGCCGGACUGUGAGGAAUGCCUUCCUCUCCCAUGGACCAUACCCAGCUAAAGACAAGAUACACCUGGCCAGAAUCAUACGGCGUAGCUAUGUGGGCGUGGAGCUGGUGCAGUGGCUGUGCGAGCAGUGUGUGUACGUGCGCUGUCGGACUACUGCUGUGCGUGUCUGGCAGGUGCUGCUGGAGCUGGGAGUCCUGCUGUCUGUGGACCAGCGGGUGGUGUUUUCAGACUCCAACUCUUACUACCAGUUCAGCUUUGAGGAGUGUGACUCUGCCUCCUGUGAGUUUCGCUCCAAUGAAGGGGAGUGGCCAGAGGCUGUUAGGCUCCUCCUACAACUCGCCCCAUACGUCCAGUUUCGCUCUGGAGGCGGGGCCAACAGCCCGUCAGAGGAAGACUCUGAAGGCAACAGGGACAUCUGCAGUGAGAUUCUCCAGAUGAAAGCUCUUGAGAGGCUCACUUCUACGGUACAAAGUGAGCUAGCGGCAGCUCUUGCCAGAAAGACUCGCAAAGCUUUAUCAGAGCAGGACUCUGAGACGACGGAGAUGAGCCAACAGGAGCCUCGCACACCCAGUGAGGAGAGCAGCCCGCUGGGUGGGGUGUGUGCACUGCGGGGCGGCGGUGGCGGCAGCGGCGUCGGCGGUGGAGGAAUGGGGACGUGCGGCCGUGAGGAGCUGACCAGCCGGCUGGGGCUGGAGGCCGUUCAGCGGCUGGCCAAGGACGGCUGCCGGCUGCUGCAGAACCACAACUACCGUCUGCCUGACAGGAACCAGGCGGAGGCAGUGGGGAGGGUUUGUCUCAAGGAGAGAGGACGAGACGUGUUGGUGUUGCAGAGAGUGACAUCAUCAGUGACGUCGCCAUCGGACCGGCCCUCACCCACAUCAUCAGGGGGCGGGUCCAGAGAGGAGGACUGUGACAAGAGGUAUGUGGUGGUGUCGGGGACGCCGCUCAAGAUCUUAGAGCAUCUGCUAAGUGACCUGCGGCUGGACGACCAAAGAGGGGCGCCAGAGAGCAGAGAGAGCGAAAUGCUGCUGGAUGACUUCCUGUUGACCUACCUAGUGUUCAUGUCCACCAAUGACCUCUGUCAGGCUCUGCUGGGACACUAUAGCAGUGUCCGCUGCAGGGGCCAGGAGGAGGGUAAAGACGCCCUCUUCAGGAAGCGCAAGGUACUGCAGCUGGUAUCCCACUGGAGCAGGCUCUACAAGGACUUCCUCAAGGAAGAGGAGCAUGUCAGGAGCUUCAUGAAGACCCUGUACAGGUGUGUUUUAGAAGAUCUGUAUGAGUUUCCUACAUUGGAGAAAGACCUGAAGGAGUUUCAGAAACUUCUACGUCGCAGACACACUGUGGAAGACUGCCCUCCAAACCAGAAGAGUAAACAAAUGUAUCAGCAGCUGAGUUUGAAGGAGAACGUUUUGCAACUCCGAAGUCCAUCGACUGAGACUCGAGAGGUUAUCUGUUGUGUGUAUGUGAGCGCUGACUCCUACCUGAGCGUCCACACGCACCCCUCAAUGGAGGCCCAUGAGCUGCUGAGGAUUGUCGGUCUGAAAAUGGACCGAGCAGAAGAAGACAUGGUGCUUGCUGUAGCGUCACACACUGGAGAGCGGAGGGUGUUACAGCCCAGCGACUGCGUGUAUUCAGAGUCUCUGACCCCACAGGGAAAGCUCAUGGCCUGUCGCAGGGAUCUCACUGAGAUUUUGCCUCCUUUAACAGACAGUGCUGAGCUAAGCAGGAGGCCGGUGCGACUCUUAGGUAUUAACACCUGGGAUGUGGCAGCUGCUCUCACACACCUGGACUGGAGCCUCUUUAAAUCCAUCCACGAGCAGGAGCUGGUGUACUACACCCUCAGCCGUGCUCCUGGUACGGGCCACACGGCGGCGCUCUCAGUCCUGCUCCAGCGCUGUAACGAGGUCCAGCAGUGGGUCAUGUCCGAGGUGCUCAUGUGUGUAUCGCUCAACAAGAGGGUACAGCUGCUCAAGAAGUUCAUCAAGAUUGCAGCUCAUUGUAAAGCCCAAAGAAAUUUGAACUCUGCGUUUGCCAUUAUCAUGGGUCUCAACACGGCAGCUGUCAGCCGACUCAACCAAACCUGGGAGAAAUGUCCCGGAAAGUUCAAGAAGCUUUUCUCAGAGUUGGAGCUCAUCACGGAUCCAUCUCUGAAUCACAAAGCCUAUAGGGAAUCCUUCAAGAGGAUGAAACCUCCCAAGAUCCCUUUCAUGCCUCUUCUCCUGAAAGAUAUCACCUUUAUCCAUGAGGGAAACAAGACCUUCCACGACAACCUGGUCAACUUUGAGAAGUUGCACAUGAUUGCAGACACAGUGAGAAUGAUUCGCCACUGCCAAAGCGACCAGCCAGGCAACGAGGUAAUUGGGGUCGACAGUGCGGAGGUGAGGGCGAGCGUUCACUACCUGCACAUUAUCGACAAUCAGCAGACGCUUUUCGAACUGUCACACAAACUGGAGCCACGCGCAUAAACACACACACACACACACACACACACACACACACACAUUCUCACUCCCAUACACACAUACCCUCAUAGACGCACACACAAACAGCGCAGUGGAAAUGCUAGUGCUGAGUACGUGUGACAUAGAGGACGCUUUGCACAGCAAAAAGUCACACAUGCAUACACUGCAACAAAAUCACAGUACCAGCAGAGGGGCCAAGUGGACAAUAAGGUGCCAUGUGUUCUGACAAAGCUGCCUCUUCUCUAAAGGCUUUGACACCCAACUUGUGUUCAUUAAGGAUUUAUGAAGUCCGUACAUGCUCUGUGAACUUUCUACAGGAAGAGAUUCUGCACAGCAAGACAGAGAUUUGCCGAACUGAGACAGAGGAUAGAGGAGGCUGUAAUUAGUUUGUACAGUAUCUAUUGGACUGAAUAUGCCCCUGUUUUGUUCCUGUGAUGAGCUUUUGGUUAUUUAUGAGCCUGUUCAGCAGGUGGAAUGUUCCUUUAUUUCUGUCAUAGUCUCAUCACCCUCCUCGGAGGUCAACAAGGACUCAAUUGCCUUCAUCAUUUCAGUUACCAACACAAAAUCAUCUGUAGAGGAGUUAGAUUUGUUCACCUUAUGGCUACAAUCUGUCCAAUCGAUGGUCGCACAUGACUUCAUCUGCAUAUCACAUACCUCGUGAAGCAUGUACAUCCAGAAUACAUGCCAUAGUUAUUUCAGUGUAUGAUGUGGAGCUUUUCUUUGGUUAUUGUGUGGUAGCGUACCAACACCUUUUCUCCUUUUCUCACAGAGGUUCUGUCUUUUAACUGAAAGCGCAGAGCCUCACUGAGGGACAGCAGGUGUGACGUUAACAGUGUAUUUUGUCUGGCGUGCACUGUGAGAAGCACUGUUCUAGACUCACAGUGAUGUGAAACACUGAAGCCCUCCUGACCGUGCCAGAGCUCGACCACUGCUGACGAAUAGUGAACUGUUUUUGGUUUCCAUUUUAGAGUCCUGGUUGACUUUUAGCCAAACACUCGUCAUGCACUCUUCUCUAUGAUGUUUUUGUGUGAAUAGAUAAUGAGAAUUUUACAUUGUAUAUAAUAUGGACCUGUACAUUUUUCAGUGCCAAAUGUCAGAUUGAGUCCUGCAGCAUAAAUGGACUGUAGAGCUCUUGGUUUAUUUAGAAAUCAGUUUCUUUUAUUAUUUUUUUUAUCAGAGAAUUUGAUUUCCUUGAACGAGCCCUGGAAUGAGGUCUGGUCCUUGAUCAUGUAAAGCAGAUCUGACUCCUCACAGAGAUGCUUUCUGACAUUAUGACGACUGAUUUCAGGGUGCAUGAUGGUAUCCCACUCGCCCUGGGUUGCUAUGGAAACACAGCCCCAUCACAGAGCUAUUUUGCUUUCUUUUUUUAAUCCUUGAAUUAUAUUACCUUAGCAGAUAAGUCAAAGCGCCGCACCACAGACCUUUGUUAAGAAAUAGCUUUAUUCAACAGCACCAUGUUCAUGGGGAGAUUCUGACGUGGAUGAUUCAUUCUUACUGACUGAAAAGAUCAUGUGACGCAGAAGUGGUCUUGUGUAAACUGUCUGUGAAAACCAACACAGGAUGUGGACAGAAUAAUGGAAGCACAAGGGCACAGACUUCCUUAGAAUAAGACUUUUUUUUCUUUGGUUCAUCUAUUAAUUUAAAAAAAAAACACUAACUACAUACUGGCUGGCAAAAUUAUCCUUUGAACUAAAAAAACCCCCUCAAAUUCUCAUGUUCUUGUUGGCAAGGCCAUGACGUGAAAAACUAUUGCUAUUCAAAUCACUGAGGGACCAGCCUGUCUUAAAUUAUCACUCUGGCUUGGUCUGUAGUCACAAGGAAAGAAACGCAGCAUGUGAUGAGAGGAAUAAUUCAGGAAUUAUACAUGAGGGAUGAUGAUACAUACAAAUGAAGACAAGAAACCCGCCCUGUAGAAUCACAAGCAGUCUUCACAUCUAGGAGACAUUAACAGUGUUUGUGUUAUUUUGUCCUUGCCUUGUAUCUGUCUAAGCAUAGCCAGUCACUUCAGUGGACCAUUUCUGCUGAGCGGGAGGAAACAUCCAAAGGAGAGAUUCCUGAAAGUUAUGUAGCGAUGUAUUGUUUGGAUAGUUCUAAAACAUGGGGGGUAAAGUGCAAUGCAGUAGAAAUGUUGUUGCCACAAGUGCUAGUCAUCAUUUCAACACAAAGCCUUUCAGAGCACAGAGCUGCUUUCUCGUUUUCAGACUUCUUCGCUUCAUCGCAAGAAAAAGAUCAAAGAUGAUCUCGAGGUGGAGACUCACUUUUAAACAGAAUUCUUGUGUCAUGAGCAACGUAGUCAUCGUCUGUGUAUUAAAAACUCUUUCAAAGACAAACUCUAACCUGUUGUUGUCACCAACGCUUCCUGUAGAUGCUCUGACACUGAAUGUGAAGCCAGUUUCUCGGACACUGUCACAGUCGCCCAAAUUGAUUCAUUCUCAUCAAAAAGCUAACUUGAGCCAUUUCAGUUAAGCUUUUGCUGAACGGCAGCCACUGCAGCCUCUAGAGAACGUUAUGGGACAAUGCUAAAUGCCAAACUAUGGUUUAAGAUUUAAUUAAACACUCAUUUAGCAUUUAACUAAAACGCUAAGCUGCUGUAACAGUAGCACAAUUGGAGUCGCAAAGCUGUCGGACAGCUAUGUUUACCAACCUUUACUAACAUUUGCCGCCGUGAGCUACUAUACUAAACUCUUGAAUUGAGCAACGAUGUGUUUGCUUGCUUCUGAGUUCAGCUUUUCAUUAGGAAGAGAAACACUGUGUAAUUUCUUCUCUUCAGUCACACAGUUUUGCUUUAAAGAUGCUUUUUAUGAAACCCAGUCAGUGAUUCUUUGACCGCUGGAGCUGAUAAAUCUGAGCUAUGGUCUGUUCAUGUUCAGUGUCAUAGGAAGGCCUUGUGGUAGUCAUUUUUACUAUUAACCUGUACAUGAUGCACACAUGCACAAACACACAUCUGCUCAUUGUGUUCAGAGAGCAGAAUAAUUGUGCUCUACUAGUUAUUUAUUAUAUUAUAUUGUUUAUUUAUGUAUUUCUGAAGUGACAGAAGUUCAUGUGCCAUGUUCAGAGGGUCAACAAUGUGGAGGUGCACACUUGAGAAGAAAAGAUGUUUGUGGUUUGAAGCGGCAAAGCUGGAAUGUAAAAGUAUUUGUUAUGUUUUGUGGCCACUUGAGGGCAGCAGAAGAGCACGCCAUUGUGCGAUGACGCUCGUCUCCAUCCUCUGGUGUCAAAUGCUGUAAUGGACAGGAAACCAACAGGAAGGUGUAUUUGGUUUUUUAUGGGCUGUUAUGACUGUGUAAAGUUAAGUUGUUGUUUUUUUUUUUUUUAAAAAAAACAAUGUUGUUUAAAACCUGUUUGCAUGUUAAAAAAAACAAAGUUCAUAAUGCAAGAGAGGACACAUUGAAGGCUUUGUACUAUUGUAAUAUUGUUGAUGUGUAAAUAUAUGCCCAUGUUUGGUAUGUUGUUAUUAUUUAUCAGUUGUAAAUGAAAAAAAAGUCAACCACAAAGCAAUACGUCUCCCCUUGUGUCCCCUCAACCUUCUGACAGCUGAAGCCACAUGUCUUUUCUAAAGCUGCGUUUUACUAUGUCAGAAUAUGACUGAAAUGAAUAAAUUAUAGGUUUUAUGUGA